GAGGUGAGGGCGGUCAUCAGCGAAGGGCUCCGGGGCUCGCGGGGGGGGCGCAGGGCAGGUAAGGGGGUCGUGUUGAGCGAGGACCUGGGCGGCGGUGGGGCAGGGGUGUAGAGCUGGGGUUCCCAGCGGAGAGCAUGUCCAAGGAGCGGGUGCUGACGAGGUGAUGCUUCUGCCUGGGCCUACUUGGGACCGGAAGUGAGCGCUCGCGCGGGGAGGAUGCCGGGAAGCAGGUCCCAGGGGGAACCUGUGUGUCGCUGCAGACCCAUCCCGGAAGCUGGCCGGGAGGUGAGCGUCCCAGAGUCGGGCGGCCGCUCCGUUGACUGCAGGGCCCCGGCGGCCUUCCUUCGCUGUUCCGAAGUCGUUCAGGGCUGAUGUGCCCCAGCCUCCCACUUGUGGUUUGGCAAGCCAUCCAGCCGACUGCAAACCCACGUUUGUGAGUUACCUGCUGGCUGUGACAUUUCCGUCAAAUCUGAGUAACAGUUUCCUCAUCUCUAAGAUGGGUAACAUAGUAUCUACCUCACAGGAUCGUGUGGGCAGUACACGAGUAAAUGCAUAGAAAGGAUUUAACACGCAGUGUACUCAGCUAGUUUUAUUAUUUAUCCGUGAUGAUCAUUUGUUCUCUUCCCCUAACUGUGCCUCACAAGCAUGAAACAGCAUCCACCAAACAUUUAGGUCUGGGUAGUGGUUGGAUGGAAACCCACCGCGGGUUAACGCUUCCAACACCAGUCCCUUGACACUCUCCCGCCGAGGAGGCUGAUUUGUAAACUUGCUGAGAAGAGACUACCCAGCAGAUCUUUCAGAUGAAAAAAUCCUGAAGCUCAGAAGUUAAAGGACUUGGUCACAGAGAUCAUUCAUGACUAUCAAGAUCUCCACUUAGGGAAGUGGGAAUCUUAUUUGCGGAACAUUGGGCAGAAGCUUUGCCAUUGGCUGGGGAAGCAGGAGGCAGAAUGUCUGCAUUGUUACACCAUACAGCUCAAACUUCAGAAGACUUUGGGUUAAGCAGUUAUCAUUAGUCUGCAAAUGAUCGUGUUUUCACCUGAUCAUUAGAAACUAAUGAAACACCUUUUAGGUCUUAUGAAUUCAGGUUACACUGUUUUCCAGAUGCCUUGGCAGCUGGUACAGAGCCUCUGAAAAAUGGAACCAAAUUCUCUGAGGACUAAAGUCCCAGCUUUCUUAUCUGAUUUGGGGAAGGCCACAUUGAGGGGAAUCAGAAAGUGUCCCCGAUGUGGCACAUACAAUGGAACCCGGGGACUAAGCUGUAAGAACAAGACAUGUGGAACCAUAUUCCGCUAUGGUGCACGCAAGCAGCCUAGUGUUGAAGCUGUCAAAAUCAUUACAGGCUCUGAUCUUCAGGUCUACUCAGUGCGGCAAAGAGACCGGGGCCCUGAUUACCGAUGCUUUGUGGAGCUCGGGGUUUCAGAGACGACAAUCCAGACAGUGGAUGGGACGAUCAUCACUCAGCUGAGCUCUGGGCGGUGUUAUGUCCCCUCAUGCCUGAAAGCUGCCACUCAAGGCGUUGUGGAAAACCAGUGCCAGCACAUCAAGCUGGCAGUGAACUGCCAGGCAGAGGCCACCCCUCUGACCCUGAAGAGCUCGGUCCUGAAUGCAAUGCAGGCCUCCCCGGAAACCAAACAGACCAUCUGGCAGUUGGCCACAGAACCCACAGGUCCUCUGGUGCAGAGAAUUACUAAAAACAUCUUAGUGGUGAAAUGCAAGGCAAGCCAGAAGCACAGUUUGGGAUAUUUGCAUACAUCUUUUGUGCAGAAAAUCAGUGCCAAAAGCUUGCCUGAGCGCCGCUUCUUCUGCUCCUGUCAGACUCUGAAAUCGCACAAGUCAAAUGCCUCCAAGGAUGAGACAGCCCAGAGAUGCAUUCAUUUCUUUGCUUGCAUCUGUGCCUUUGCCAGUGACGAGACACUGGCUCAGGAAUUCUCAGACUUCCUAAAUUUUGAUUCCAGCGGUCUUAAAGAGAUUAUUGUACCCCAGUUAGGUUGCCAUUCAGAAUCAACAGUAUCUGCUUGUGAGUCUACUGCCUCUAAGUCAAAGAAGAGGAGAAAGGAUGAAGUAUCUGGUGCACAGAUGAACAGUUCACUACUGCCUCAAGAUGCGGUGAGCAGUAAUCUAAGGAAAAGUGGCCUGAAAAAGCCUGUGGUUGCUUCCUCGUUAAAAAGGCAGGCCUGUGGUCAGCUGUUAGAUGAGGCACAAGUGACUUUAUCCUUCCAAGACUGGCUGGCCAGUGUCACAGAACGCAUCCAUCAAACCAUGCACUACCAGUUUGAUGGCAAACCAGAACCACUGGUGUUCCACAUUCCUCAGUCCUUUUUUGAUGCCCUGCAACAGAGAAUAUCUAUAGGAAGUGCAAAAAAACGGCUCCCCAACUCCACCACAGCUUUUGUUCGGAAAGAUGCCUUGCCACUGGGAACCUUUUCCAAGUAUACUUGGCAUAUCACUAAUAUCCUGCAAGUUAAACAAAUCUUAGAUACCCCAGAGAUGCCCCUGGAAAUCACCCGUAGCUUUAUCCAGAACCGAGAUGGGACUUAUGAGCUAUUUAAGUGCCCUAAAGUGGAAGUAGAAAGCAUAGCAGAAACCUACGGUCGUAUAGAAAAACAACCAGUGCUGCGACCCUUGGAACUAAAAACUUUUCUCAAAGUUGGCAACACUUCCCCAGAUCAAAAGGAGCCAACACCUUUCAUCAUCGAGUGGAUCCCAGAUAUCCUUCCCCAGUCUAAGAUUGGCGAGCUGCGGAUCAAGUUUGAGUAUGGCCACCACCGGAAUGGGCAUGUGGCGGAGUACCAAGACCAGCGGCCCUCCUUGGACCAGCCCUUGGAACUGGCCCCUCUGACCACUAUCACUUUCCCUUAAGGCAAAACAAGAGAAUAAUCUUUUGCUGCUUAAUUUGCACAUCCCCACCCCUUGACAACUUUAAAUGCUAGUUAGGCACUUAGAUGGCCCUGUUCCUUGGUGAACUGCUCUUAGCUAAGAUGCAAAUUCUCAGUGCUUUCAAGUGGAUUCUGUUGAAGAAAAUCUCUUGUAAAUAGCCUUUUUGGUGCUGCUGUGUACAGUCUUCAUUAUGCAUUGGGCAGUAUUUCUGGCUAGAGUUUAAAAGGAACAGAAAGAAAACCAGCUUAUUUUCCUUCUUACGGACUCAUCUUUAGCGUUUAUUUCAACCUUUUGCUAAUUCUCUGAGAAAUUUGCAGCACUCAGCCAUAUACCAACAGUGUUGGAAAGUUAACACCCUGGUUAGGGCAGAAUGUUAAAGACCAUCUUGGCAGAGUUCCAGCCAUGCUCUUUAUUCUGUUCUCAAAUAAAGCACAGUGUCACUAGUUUUUCCAAAUUA